AUGGAAGAUUCAACCGUCAAAUUUGAAUUUGUUACUUCUGGAACCAACGACAUGUCAAAUCCAACAACAAUUGAUACAAAUAAACCAGUAAAAGUUGCCAACACAGAAAAUGAUUACACAUUUCGAUUUACAGUUCCAAACAAUGUUAAUCCAGGUGAAAAGAAUUUAUUAAUUAAAAUAGUAGAUCCAACUGGCCAAGAAUCAUCACUCUUCACAAUUCCUGUAACAAUCACACAAGGAAAACAAUUAACAGCCAGUUCAAUAACUUGCCAUAAGACACAAGAUAUGAUCCCGGACAAUACUGAACAAUUAUUCAAAUGCAAUAUUGAUAACAUCGAAACGAAUCAUGUAUACUAUAAAGCAAAGAUUGGUUCAUAUGAUUCGGGAUCUCAAUAUUCACAGUUUAAUCUUGAUUUGCGCAUGGAACCGGUUGGAAAUGAUAAUGAAUUCGAUAUUUAUGUUCAAAUUCCGAAACAAACAUCCGAAAAAACUUCAAUUUCAUUUGCAAUGAUCACUUCCGAUACAAACAAUGUAAUUAAAUACUCUGAUGUUACAGAUGUAAAGAUUGAACCAGAACCUAAGAUUUCAGCUGUAAAAGUUGAUUCUUAUCGCGUAGAACCAUACGGAAUAACAAAAUUUGAUUUCAAUUUAGAUUAUAUAUGUGACUUUCAAACAAUCAGAGUUCAAUAUCGGGAUUCUACUAAAACUAAUGAGGAAUUUAAAUCUGUAAAUUCAAUAUCUUCAUUAUCUUCUAAUCGAUUUAAUGUUGUUAUUAAUGUCCAGAAAUUAACUAAUAUACAAUUUAAGUUUAUUGACAAAUUUGACAGAUUUUUAGUUAUCGAGCAAAAGUGUUAUUUAGCAUACAUUUCGUUUAAGUGUGAUUAUAAAGAACGAGGCGAUUACCAAGUAAUUCAAGGACAGACAAAAACAAUCAAAUGUUCAGCUCUAUCUGAGAUGGAUGGAUAUGCAGAACGUAAGUUUCAUUUUGUAGAUUAUUCAGAUGGAAAUAAAAAUAAACUAAUGAAGACAUCAUCUGAUAGCUCCGUUCAAUUUGAACUUGCCCUUCCAAUAAUUUCUGAGAUUGCCGAAUUUAAAAUUUAUAUGGAACGUGUGAACGACCCAACUCAAUCCGAAACUGACAUAGUAGAAUUUGACUUAAAUAUGCCACUUAAAAUAGAUUUUGAGGUAAGCGAAAUUACUGAUACUUAUUUCAAAGUAUCAGUGCAAACAUCAGUAUUAUAUGAAGAAGAAGAAGAUAUAUAUAUAACUUCAUAUUCAAUUGAAGGGGAUCCUAGUAUAGAAAGUGGCGAAAUCAGAUUCAGCAGCCAAAUAAUGGGUGAAUAUUCAAACAAUGUAUUUACUGAAAAUAAACAGUUACAAAAGAAGGAGUUUACUAUGACAAUUAAAAUAAAAUAUCUUGGUUCACAAGUAGCAACUCUAACGAAGAAUAUUAAAUAUGAUAAACCAAUGAAGAUAUUGGAACAAGGAAGGAAUAUAUUAAAAGAUUCCAUUUACCUUGCUUAUCAAGGAACUAAAGUUUUACUCCAACCUGGCUCAACUUCUGCCAAGAUUUCCGCAGAGCUGGGUGGUAAAAACUAUACAUUACUUAAUAAUAAAGUUGUUGCAUUUGAUUUCACUGAUAUGGGAAGACUCUAUUGCAGUGACAAUACUGAAAUAAUAGCAGUCGUCUUUAGUUUAUCUGACUUACAAGCAGAUGAUUAUUUGUAUAUGACUGGUAAUGGAAAAUUAUCCAUUGGAACAACAAAUGAUUCAAGAUAUAAAUUCGAUCCUUCAAAAACAUUAAUUUUUGUUGUUACUACUUUUGAUGGUAAUGGAGAGUUUACUGAAUUUUCGGAUUAUGAUACUGAUGCGCUUCGGAUUAAGUACUAUGAUAUCGAUCAAAGUCGUAUAUUUAAUUCAAGAAGAGCUUUAGCAAAUUAUCAGAAUUUCAGAAUUAUCAGAAUAGAAUGCUUAGAUCCUUCAUAUCAAUUUAAACUGAAUUACGAAACAACAUCAUCAAAUGAUAAAGAAACAAUAUUAAUUAACUCCCAAAGUGGCACCCACAAAUUUGCAGUUGUUGAACAGAACUCCAACCCAGAACAAAAACCAGACCCUAACAAUAACAACCCUAGCCCAGGCUCUAACCCUGAAACAAAAUCAAGUCCAACCCCUGAUGAUAGCUUAGAUACUAAAACAAAAGGUGGUGGAAAUGGAGGAUUAAUUGCAGGAGUAAUAAUCGGUCUAUUGAUCGUCAUUGCAAUUGUCUGUGUCGUCGUUUUCUUCAUCAUGAAGAAGAAGAAGGAUUCAAUUCAUGAGGAUGCAUCAAUGGAAGAAGCUGUUGGAGUUUAA